CAAACAGCGGCGGCGCUUCAAAAGGUGAGGCGAAGUGGUAGUAUUUAGGACCUUUCACCACCACCUCCUCCCAUCCCUCCUCCCCCUUGCACAAAUCUCGCUGAUGCUGUGGCAGCUGAGCUCUCCUUGCUCUGCUCUGCUCUGCAUUUCUCACCCAUCUCUCCCUCCCUUUCUCCGUUGAUCUCAUUCAGUUCUUCUUCUCUAGAUUGGCCAUUCUCAUUUUCGCUGGUGACAUGGCGAAGAAAAUUGUGGUGAAGCUGGAUCUGCAUGACAACAAGGACAAGCAGAAGGCCAUGAAGGCCGUCUCCUCGGUCGUCGGAAUCGACGCCAUUUCGAUGGACAUGGCGUCGCGGAAGAUGACGGUGAUCGGGAUGGUCGACCCGGUGGACGUGGUGAGCAAGCUGCGCAAGUCGUCGUGGGCGGCCUACAUCGAGUCCGUCGGCCCGGUGAAGGAGCCAGAGAAGAAGGAGGAGAAGAAGGAGGAGGCCAAGAAGGAGGGCGACGGCAAGAAGGAAGGCGGAGGAGGUGACGCCAAGAAGGAGGAGGGCGGCGGCGAGGGCAAGAAGGAAGGCGAGGGGAAGAAGGAGGGCGACGGCGAAGGGAAGAAGGAGGGCGACGGCGGGAAGAAGGAGGGCGACGGCGGAAAGAAGGACGGCGACGGCGACAAGAAGGAAGGCGGCGACGACGCGAAGGCCGCCAAGAAAGAGGACGGCGGCGGCGGCGGCGAGAAGAAGCCCGCGGCGGUGGCGCCGAUGCCGAUGCCGAUGCAGAUGCACCACCUCCCACCACAGUACUUCAACAUGGAGUACAUGAACCAGUACCACCGGCCGCCGCCGCCGGCGUACCCGUACGUGCCGCCGCCGCCGCAGUACUACUACGUGCGCAACAUGAGCAUGGAGGAGAACCCCAACUCCUGCGCCAUUUGCUGAUCAAACACCACGCCAUGCAUGCGUCAGUACUGAAUCUGCGAGCACUUCUGCAGCAGGUACCCUCGUGUUCUCCGUCGAUCGAUCCAUCCAUCCAGCCAUCCAUCCGCCGUGCCUGUAUAGUAUAUGAUCUCGUGUUUAUGAUGAGACGAACAACAAGUUUGCAUGGUCAAACCAGUACAUAGUAAUGCUUUUUUUUUAAUCUUUUGCGAUCAUAGAGUUCAAUCCAGCUAGUACCUGAACAAAAAUCAGGUGGGAUUUACCCGGACUAUAAUCGUAAAAGAAAGUAAAUCGAGAUAUAACUCAAGUACCAUUUCGGAAAGAGUUUUAUUUUUAUCAUUCCUUUUAUACUUCGAGGUACCGGUGUCUUAGGGUACCAAAUUGUUUCUGAUCGUCGGAUCCAACAGUGCAUAUCCUACUUAGCUAAAUCCAAUGAUGAGAAACGAUUUGCUACCUCGAGGUACCGAUACCUUAAAGUACAAAAGGAAAUAUGGAAGUAAAACUCUUUGAGAAAUGA